GUUUGAUUUCUGCGCUAUCGACUCUGAGAAGCGCCCGUCUGAGAAUUUGGGUCAGGUUUUGUUUGGCGAGAGAAUUGAGCCCUCUCCCUACAAGUUUGAGUUCAAGAAGAAGGUGGAUUGUAAGCCGGUGUGUACUAAAUCCUACAACACCAACAAGCCAGAGGACAAAGCCCACCUGGACUUUCUGAAGAAAGGCAUGCUGCUCAACUACCAGCACCACUGGAUAGUGGACAACAUGCCGGUGACCUGGUGUUAUGAUGUGGAGGACGGACAGAAGUUCUGUAACCCAGGGUUUCCCAUCGGCUGCUACGUCACUGAGGCAGGACGACCCAAAGACGCCUGUGUUGUCAACUCGGACUUUAAGGACAAAGACACAUUCUAUGUCUUCAACCAUGUUGACAUCACCAUUCAUUAUCAUGUGGUGGAGAACGAGGCUGCUGGGGCUAGACUGGUCGCUGCCAAGAUGGAGCCCAAGAGCUAUAAACACACCAAAGUGGAGGCCCCUGACUGUGCAGGAGGGCCCAUGUACCUGAACAACAAGUUGAGUGGAGAGCUGAAGAUCGGCUAUACCUACUCUGUCCAGUUUGUGGAGGACAAGCACAUCAGAUGGGCGUCACGUUGGGACUACAUUCUGGAGUCCAUGCCCCACACCAACAUUCAGUGGUUCAGCAUCAUGAACUCUCUGGUGAUCGUUCUCUUCCUGUCUGGUAUGGUGGCUAUGAUCAUGCUGAGGACUCUACAUAAGGACAUUGCCAGAUACAACCAGAUGGACUCUGUGGAAGAUGCCCAGGAGGAAUUUGGCUGGAAGCUGGUCCAUGGAGACGUCUUCCGGCCUCCCAGGAAAGGCAUGCUCCUCUCUGUCUUUCUGGGAUCAGGAACUCAGAUCUUCAUCAUGAUUUUCGUCACUCUCUUCUUUGCCUGCCUGGGCUUCCUGUCCCCGGCUAACCGCGGAGCCCUGAUGACGUGCGCCGUGGUGCUCUGGGUCCUACUGGGCACACCAGCCGGCUACGUGGCUGCCCGCUUCUACAAGUCCUUUGGUGGGGAGAAAUGGAAGACUAACGUCCUGCUGACUUGCUUCCUGUGUCCUGGGGUUGUGUUUGCUGAUUUCUUCGUGAUGAAUCUGAUCCUGUGGGGAGAGGGCUCCUCUGCAGCCAUGCCCUUUGGCACCCUGGUGGCCAUCUUGGCUCUGUGGUUCUGCAUCUCUGUCCCCCUCACCUUCAUAGGGGCCUACUUUGGCUUCAAGAAGACCGGGAUUGAGCACCCUGUGCGGACCAAUCAGAUCCCUCGUCAGAUCCCGGAGCAGUCGUUCUACACCAGAUCUCUCCCGGGGAUCGUCAUGGGGGGGAUCCUCCCGUUCGGCUGUAUCUUCAUCCAGCUCUUCUUCAUCCUCAACAGCAUCUGGUCUCACCAGAUGUACUACAUGUUUGGUUUCCUGUUUCUGGUGUUCAUCAUCCUGGUAAUCACCUGCUCUGAGGCCACCAUCCUACUCUGCUACUUCCACCUCUGUGCUGAGGACUACCACUGGCAGUGGCGUUCCUUCCUGACCAGUGGUUUCACGGCCGUCUACUUCCUGGUCUAUGCCAUCCACUACUUCUUCUCCAAGCUCCAGAUCACAGGAUUGGCUAGCACCAUCCUCUACUUUGGUUACACCAUGAUCAUGGCUCUCAUCUUCUUCUUAUUCACAGGAACGAUUGGAUUCUUUGCCUGUUUCUGGUUCGUCACCAAGAUCUACAGCGUAGUGAAGGUGGACUGAGUAGUUAACCAAACCAAUGGAUUUCCUGUCUACUCUCCCACGCCCCCUCCACCCUCACCCUCCCCCCUCACCCUCCCUGGGCUGGAGGGACACUAUUGUUACGUUACACCCUGACUGCGUACGGUGACCAGGGCCCACUGGUCUGAAUGGGGUGCCGUUUGGAACACAACCCUUGUCUACUGUGUGGAAGACGCAUUUUUGUCAGAGCAGCAAGACCCCGUGUGUGUGUGUGUGUGUGUGUGUGUGUGUGUGUGUGUGUGUGUGUGUACACACAUCUAUACAUAAUGUAGUCUGGAGUGCAGGACAUGAAAUCCCUGUUGGGUCCAGAUCCUACUGCACAUCAAUGAAACACCCCUUACUUACCUCUGACAAAUGCAAAUAGGAAAUCUACACGCUAGUGACUGUUUGAAUACCCACUGCUCCAGGUUUGCUAGUAGACCCCCCCCCCCCCCCCCCCCCCCCGUUACAGUUAGUGCGCCAACGCGGACAGGAACUACGGUGGGUUUACGUUGUCAUUCAAACUAUUAAUUAAUAGUGUUGGACAAUAUGAUUGUAAAUAACUACUUUUUCCCCCUAAUGCUGAUGAAUGAUUUGGGGUCGUAAUAAACUUAAAAUGUGAGUUGGAAUUCCUCCUCUGACCCCUGUUCUGGGCUGGUAGAGUAGUUGGUUGAGUCCCAAAGGGCACUCUAGUCUGCACUACAAAAGUAGUCUGCACUAUGUAGGGAAUAGGGUGCGAUUUGGGAUUAGUCCAUUUUCUCUGGGUUUUGUUUUAUUUUGUAUUAUAAAUGCUUGAGUAUUAAUCAACUGGUCUGUUAUUUAACUUUAUAUUCCAAUUACAUUUUUUCUGUCUUUUUAUUUUUGCCACAAAGACACGUGCCUCAUCAGUAGUUCAUUUUAUUUGCAAAAACCAACAGUUUGGGAUUUUGUGAAAGGAAUCAUCGACCUUUAUGUCCCAAAUGGCACCCUAUUCCCUAUGUAGUGCACUACCCUUGAUCAGGGGCUCGGGUCUAAAGUAGUGCACUACAUAGGGAGUAGGGUGCCAUUUGGGACAACAUCCAUCAAUUAUGUGGGGAUCUGAUACUUAUAUCCUUUCAGUGUAAAUAUAAAUGAUAAUAGUUUCAUUAGUCUGACCGAGCAUCUGGGUUCCUUCACUGGUUUGAAAUUAUGUAAUUAUGAUCUGAAAAAUGAGAAAUGGUAGAAAAUGUCAAAUAAAACAUUUUCCUGUU